UGGCUCACGCUGGCCAUGGCGUUUCCUGACUGGAUKUUAUCAUUGGUGGCCACUGCAUCUUUUUUCUGCUUCUUAGCCUUGUGUAUUAGAUACAGACGGACCGCACAAGUGUUCUGGAGCAAAUUGUGGAGGAAGAUAAUGGCCCGGACGGAGAAACCGUUGUUCCGAAUCGCAUACACCCUUUACACACGAACCAGGCUGGGAUAUAUGUACUACAAGAGACAGAUGAGAAAAGCCAGAGAAACUCAUCCAGCUGGACACACCACUUGUUAUCCCAUGGAGUUCAAUGGUAUUAAGAUAAUCCCCAUCUCUGUGCUGUCUGACAACUACAGCUAUCUUAUAAUUGACACAUCUUCUAGUGUUGCGGUGGUUGUAGACCCUGCUGACCCUCAAAAAGUUCAGGCAGUCCUUGAAGAAGAAGGAGUCAUUUUAGAGGCUGUCUUAUGUACACACAAACACUGGGACCACAGUGGUGGCAACAAAGGGCUGAAAAAGAUCCACAGCUCAUGUCGAGUGUAUGGAAACGCAGCUGAUAACAUACCUGGUCUCACACACCCUCUCUCACACAAAGACUCUGUGAUAGUUGGUCGAUUGCACUUCAAGGCGCUUUUCACUCCYGGACACACGGUGGGUCACACGAUCUACCUCCUGGAUGGCCAAGCGGUCGGCGCUCCCUCCAGCCUGUUCUCUGGUGACCUGGUGUUCCUCUCAGGAUGUGGGAGGAUGUUUGAGGGGAGUGCCACAACAAUGCUUUCGUCCCUGGAUACUGUUGGCUCUUUAGGCGAYGACACUCUGUUGUGGCCUGGUCAUGAGUAUGCAGAAGACAACCUGCUUUUUGCCGCUGAGGUCGAGCCACACAACGCCGUCAGGGAAAACAAGUAUCAGUGGGUGCUGCAGCAGCGUGGCCAGAAGCUCUGCACGAGUCCCUCUACGAUUGGCGAGGAGAAGCAGUACAACCCAUUCCUGCGCAGCCACUCUGCGGAGCUCCACCAGGCCCUGGGGGUCCAGCAGUUCCACGACGAGGACUGGACCCAGUUCAGGGCGCGGGUUCUCGAGGAGCUACGGAAACRCAAAGAUCUGUACAACAGGAAGUAGUUGUACAGAGGACCGCAAUAAACCUCAGAGAUCAGAAAUAAGAUUUCUUAGAUCUUCAGCUGAACAUCAAACUCAUUUUUUUUAGAAAAGGUUAAUAUGAUUUAUUAAUCUAAGUAGGCACGAGGAUAAUUUGAGCUUCAUCAUCACUCUAAAUCUGUAAGCACAAGAAUAAUAAGUACAUUUUAUUAUUACACAUUACUAAUGAUCACAUGAACUCUCCAAGUUCUGUAGUUUAUUAWAAUAAAGGAUUUCAGGACUGUGAAAUACAGCGUGACAAACACUAAAUAACAAAAURCAGACUUGUACGAGAGGUUUGCCUAAUUUACAAACGGGUACGAUUUCUAUUUCUAGUUUACAAAAUAUGGGAAUAAAGAGGAAAYAGACCACUUUGUGUUUUAUCCUUCUUUAGUUUAAAAUAAUUUAUGCUUUUGUUGAUCUUUUUAGGAAAAGCUGAAGCAGUGUUUGGUACCCAGCUUCACUUUCAGACCUGGUUUGACAUUUUGUGCUGCUGAUAAUAGGUUUUUUUUAUCCCUGAAAGUUGAUCAUUUUGGGAAUUUAGUUUCUGAUGUAGAUUUUUUUUAAUGUAGUAAUUUAGCAUACCUGUUAAAUUAUAACAAAUCUGUUGUCUCCUGGGUACUUUUUGUUAGUUUGUCAAACAUUUUGACAAAGACUGUUCUAAUUGAGUUGUUUUUAAGAAUUCCAUUAUGUUUUGUGACAAACAAAUCUAAAAUUGAGCCAAAGUUGAAACAUAUAUUUAACUGUUUUGCAAUUUGUUUGCUUAAAAGUGGUUUUGAUAUUUGAAGAGAGAUUCCUUCUUGUGGUUGAUUGAAGUAGUUUUCAAGAUUCAUUGACUUCUGUCAAACUUCCCACAACCACGUUUAAAAGAAAUUAAAAUAAUACUUCAAAUCAAAUGUGGGAAAUACUGUUGAUUUUGAUAAAUGUGAAUUGUAAGAUAUGCGAGUGACGGGUUUGACUGCUGUAAAUUAAGCUGAAGGGAACAUUUUCUACGGUGGACCAUGGUAAUCUGACUGCAUUGUUAUGAAGAUUAAACACGCACAGAGGGACUGAAUCAAAUGAUCUGUAGAAACAAACUCUGCAGCAAUAAAUUUGAAUUUAUUGUGACUGAUUCAGUUUUAUUUUGCCUGGUGCUCGUUUUACUGAAAAUAAAUUGUUUUUACAAAAAAUGUACAAACUGCGGAACCAAAAACUGUUAUGUUCUUCAUUGUCAUGAAAACUGUUCUAAUAAAUCUUGAAAUGUGAAAUUA